AUGGCGAUGGAGAGCUCGAUGUGGACGUUGUUGCUAUUCCACUUCUGGGGAUUCAUGUUAUCGAGAUUUCUUCUGAUUCUAGCUUACAUUCUAUCUCUGAUUCCUUUGAGUCUGUGUCUUCAUCCGCCUUACAGCUAUGUCAGCUGCACUGUUACCCCACAUGUCAUUGAGCCUGGACUUGAGACUGAUUUUGUUCCUGAUGAUCAGCCUGUUGAUGCACCCGCUGAUCCCGAGCCGAUACCUGCACCUGUGCCUUUGCCUGACCAUGAUCCUAUUCUGUUUGGCAUACCUGAUGUUGCACCCCUUAUACCAGAUCUAGUUCCUGCACCCGUUGACCCUCCUGUUAUUGUGCCAGACAUCCCUCCACCCCAUCCAGGGGAAGUUACUUCUAGCCAGCAGCCUGGCCACGACCCACAUGUUUCAGCAGCUUUUCCUCACAUGCCUCAGUCUACACCUACUACUCAUUUUACUUCUUCACCACUUGAUGAGCCUUUCAGAUGGUUCCCACCUUACACCAUGCCGAUUUCUGAUCCCUACCAUCCCUCACAUUUCACUUGUUAUACACGGGAUGAGUUACUUUUAUCCUUGCAGCUCCAGUAUGAGAUCAUGAGUCGUAGGAUUUUAGAGCUUGAGAUGACACCGCGACCUUUGCCAUGUCCGUGUCAGCCAUCUUUUGUUCCCCCACGUUCAUCACUGUCCCCAUUUUCGCAUCCUCCUGCACCGCUUACUCCAUUUCCCAAGUUUGACACUCUCUUUCUUAUCGUUGAGUAG